AUAGACAACGUUACAAACAUGUUGAAAUUAUUAACAUUUGUGUGUUUGGCAGUCGCCUGUCACACGAAGAAUCUCGAUUCAGGAGAAGCAAUAUACGGAACAUAUAAAACCGUGUACACAUCACCCGAAGCUACUCAACCUUUCCCAUGUACAGAAGUUGUUUUCUCCAAACCUCCAGCUGAUGUUAACAUAAACUGCAACUGUGAAACACCACCGAAAAAAGAAAUUCUAGUACACGAAGAAGUAAAAUCAAGUCAGAAUAUGCAAUUCAAUUUAUUAGUUGAUUUUGUUGAAAAUAUUGAAGAUCUGGAAGCGACAGUGGCCAAUAAAUGUACAUGUACCCCAUCGAAUAGAUCGAGAACGAUCCUACAGAAAGGAGGAGGUGAUUAUUUACUGCAAUAUGUACAAGGAGGUGCAAGAACAUAUGUUUUAGCUAAAGAAGUACCUAAACCUGAAGAACUUAGAGCACUGAUUAAUAAUUUCCCAAACUUAAGAGAUACUAAAGGUACAAUAUUGUGCUAGUGAUUGUUUUUGUGUAAUUUAGUUGAAUUUCCACUGCACAAACGUGUACAGUCAACCGCAUAAAUAUAUAUACAUUUACAAAACGUAAAACACUUAUAAAGGGCUUCGGUUUUAAAGAUACGUAUGCACAUAUUCGUCAGUAUCAUGUAUAAAUACGAAGGAUAAGUGUAUGCAUAUUUUUAUUAAACUAGAGGCAUUUACAAGUUCCUGAAGCUUUGUUAUUGUACAAAUAUUUAUGGAGCUGACUGUACAGAAAUAAACUACUUACCUCUAUCGUUAAUAAGUUCCUACAACAAAUGGAAUCUCAAUUAUAUUUUGUAUAUGUUUUGUUUUAACGUUUAUAUAAAUAUUUAAAAAUACUGAAUUG